AAUUAUUGCAAUGAAUAGAACACACGUUGAAGAAAACGCAAACGGAUAGUCUUCGUACUUCAUAACAUUUUGGGUUAAAACUACUAAACAAUUGCCAACUAUUGAAAUGGCAAAUCUGACAGCGGAAGACUUAAAUGGACGAAUAGUGCGGGAAAUAUGGUGGGUUUCUGUGUUCAUUGGGUUGGAAAUAGUUGCAGGUUUAAUUGGCAAUGUAAUUGUGCUCUACGUGUUUGGACGCCAUUACCACCACUGUAAUUUCCGUUAUUUUGUUCUGUGCAUUGCUUAUAUUCACAUUCUGAGCGUCUGCACAAUAAUGCCAGCAGAGAUUGUAAACCAGUUAUACUGGUACGUUUAUCCUCUUCAUGAAUCUGUAUGCAAGAUAAAGGCUUAUCUAAACCUAUUCACCGUAGCAGUAGAGGUGUUUUGCCUAUGUACUGUCGCUAUUGACAGAUACCGGAAAAUGUGCGCACCUCAUGGUUGGCAGAUCCGACCUGUCCACGCAUUCCGGAUAUGCGUAAUCAUCGUGGUGAUUGCAGCAGUGAUUUCAACUCCAGUUCCGGUAUUAUGGGGACUGCAAACGUUAAAUGUCACCAAUGUAAAGGUCACCGUUUGUGAGAAGGACGAACGAUUUUUGAAAACUGGUAUUCACCAAAACUAUAUAAGUGGCAUGUCUGCUAUAGUUGUAUCUGCUGCAAUAAUAACGAUAUUGCUAUACUUCACACUAUAUUUCAGGGUACAUCGAACAUUUUUCGAACAAAAGCAUAGAUUCAAAUCAGGUAGAACAGUUUCCAGAAAUGUACCUAAUGAAAGCAUUGAAACAAACGAUAAUGUUCUUCCAGAUGCAAACGAUCUGAUCAUGAAAAGAAAAUCAGACGACACUAAAACAAACGUUGAAACGUCAGAAGAUUAUUCCAGCCAUGUGCCCGACGACAAUAAUGUCAUUAUCCACAUAACAAAUCAACCGAAAAAUUCUGCAGAUAGUGUUCAACUUGAGAACGUUCAGAACGUUUCAACAAGACACAAACCAGAGAUCGGACCAAAUGCGAACGAGGAAAAUAUGUGUGACAUUAUGAACAGUACCUCAUUGGAAGUUAAAUCGAAACGAACAUUUAACAAACAAGUUCGGCUUCGCAGAACAACGAAAGUUACGUUAACGCUCAGUAUUAUAUUCAGCUUAACGUUUUUCUUGUAUGCAGGAAUGCACAUGUAUCUUGGAAAAGACGACCAAAAACUUCAUUAUAUGUCUGAUUCAAACAAGGGUCUCUUUUUCUUCGGCUUAAGUUGAACACAUCCACAGCGCCCAAGCAAACCAUUAAGAGCAUCAAGUCAACAUCCGACAAAACGAUUAUAAUCCUGUUAGACUGUCAACCUCUUGAUCGAAUAUAUCGGCGUUGACGCAAACUAAAUUAAAUAUCAUGUAUACUAAAAUGGAAAAUAUAACAGCACAUGAUUUAAAUGAACAAAUAAAACGGUAUGUUUUAUGGAAUAGUUUAUUCCUAGGACGUGAAAUAAUUCUAGGACUACUCGAAAACACGACCGUUUUGUAUGUGUUCGUUCGGCGGUACAAACGGUGCAACUUCCGGUUCUUUGUGUUAUGUUUGGCCGUCUUGGACAUGCUAGGGGUGCUAAUAGCAAUGCCCGGUGAGAUAGUGACCCUGAUAUUUUGGUAUAUUUACCCGCCGAUUCCUGCGUUCUGCAAGAUGAAAGUGUUCUUUAACAUAUUCACAGUGUCCGGCGAGGCUUUCUGCCUAUUCCUGAUAGCGGUCGACAGAUACCGGAAGAUACGGGCCCCGCAUGGUUGGCAGAUCAGCAGACGCCUAGCAUUUGCUUUAUGUGUUUUAAUAAUCGUCGCGGCAGGUAUUUUUUCAUUGCCAGUGCCCUUCCUAUGGGGAAUCCGUUCAUUUAAUGAUAAUACUACGAAUGUAACAGUAACCGUUUGUGAAAAAGACGAACGUCAUGUAAACACUGAGGAACAUCAUUUGGAUAUUUCCGUGACCAUGGCCAGUAUUUUGACUGUUCUAACAGCAUCCAUUGCCUUGUAUAUACCGAUAACGUACACUAUUUUGUCCAGUGAAUCUAACGAUUCUGUAACAAUGAAGAAAAUGACGCGACAAAAACAAACAGAACCUCACGAUGUCAUAAGUAUUCCAUCAAUUCAAGUUUCAGAACAUAUGGACAUCGAGGAUACAGCGUUCCACGAUAAAGAAACCAAAUCGAACACCUCAGAUAUGCCUACAUCUAUUAAGAUACAAAAAAAACGCUUUGAGAACACAUACUAUUUCUGAAUCAGAGAUUACUAGUUCUGAGUUAAAAGAAACAACAUCAACUCUAUGUGUGGAUACAUCAACGUUUAACAAUGAGACAUCAUGUAUGACUGACGAAGAAACUUCACGAAACAUGAAAGAAACAAUAGUUACCCCAACUAAGUUUCAAUUUGAUAAGAACACGUGCAUAACUGACUUUGGUAGAAACCUAAAACACGAUAUUCUGACUAAGGAAAAGCAGUCAUCAAGAAAACGUCAAUUAAGAAAUUGAGCACGUAGAAUUACACAUGUUCCACUUGUAUUGAGUAUAAUAUUUACACUCACCUCAGUAUUAUAUUUAAGCUUGCUUUUCGUACUCGGACGAGAUUCCAACUUAGUCCAAGAACUAUCUGACAUGAGUAAGGCAUUUUAUUUGUUUAGCAUGAGACUUGUGUUCAUCAACCACGUGAUAAAUCCUUUUGUGUAUUGGGAACUAGAUCGGGAAUUUAAGAAAACCGUGAAGCAGAUCUUCAAUAAACCAUGCAACAGAUGCUGUUGAUAUUUUAUAUCGCUUCGAGAUAACACUUUUAAGCAAUUUUAAAUUUUAUUAAUGAGUCGAAUUAUUCAAUGAAAAGUUACAGUGGACAUUCCAGUAUUAUAAUGUUUGAUACAUUCCUUCCUUGUUCACAGGUCAAUAGAAAAAAGCACAGAUUACGUUGACUUCUCUUUCUUGACGAAUCUCGUUGUUAUAAAAUGACGAUGGAUUUUAACAAUACCAAGCUUUAUACAUUUUAACCAACACAAAACACAAAAAUAAGCUUACAAAAAACAUAUAAGCUGCAAAAUAUAUGAAGAUGUACUAUACUGAUUAUUGUUAUUGUAAAUUAUUGUAAAUUGAUAACGUAAUGUUUCAAAGUAUGUUGACUAUUAUACAUAAGGCUGGUGUUAGAUAAAUGAUCUCUUUAUGUGUUUUGUUGUUGGCAACCACCUCAGCUAUAGUGUUGUUAAUUUAAUUAUGUACUAAGAAAUCAACAAUGUUGCUCUGUUAAUUAUAUGUGUUAAUUGGGCCUUAAAUUACCUUACUGUGCCUUCUUCCUGCAGUGCAACAAUGUCCUUACAAUGCAACUUUAUUUGAAUUGUGAUACUAUGAGGUUUAUUCCUACGUACACUUAAAUGAAUAAUGAAUACUGCUGGACCAAAUGUUAGGAUUAGAGCGGUUUCAUCAGUUUCAUUCAUAUUUUUGCGUGUUGUCUUGUCUAGAGCAUUUGUUUGGUGGCAUUGGUUCGCACCGUAUAAUACGGGGUUUAUCGCCUGCUUAUCCAACUUCAGUGUCUAUGUAUGUGUACUUGCUCUAAAAUAAAACAUGUUCAUGAGGAAUAAAUUGAGCCAUUGUACACUUGUGGUGUAAAUACUUAAAACAUGUACACAUAUCACGAAUCUAGUUACUUCCAUUAACAAUGCCUGUCCUAUUAUGUGAAUAAAUUGAAAUAAUGAAACUCAAGAAAGAUGUUCAUGGGAGACAUUCUUAACAUUAUUAAUAUCCACUAGCCAUGUUUUAAGACAUAUUACCAUAUAUCUACAAAGUACUGUUAAGACGACCACCCAAACAACAUGACAUGAAAUUUAUGAAAUGAUUUAAGUUGGGGUCAAUUGCUCCUAAAUAAUUCGGGGCUAAGAAUUAGGCUCAGCUAGCCCUCACAGCGAUUUAAACCCCCAUGACACCCGUCAUUUAUGCAGUUUAAUGUUUAUAACUUUGAAAUGCAUUCUCUUUCAUUCAUGUUUGAUUAGAAUCAUGUUGAUGGCGUCAAUUUUUACCAUAAAUGUUUGUAAAUUAAUGUCAACCAAGUGUAAGGUUGGGGGCCCCAUUUGAACCUGUUUAACCCUCACGAACCCGUGCACAUAAGAAUUAUCUUCGCUACUGAAAUUUAAUUUUUUAAUAUAUGUGGAAUAGAAUGGAUCAAUAAAGGAACAAUCUAUCUUACUAUGGCUUAAUUGCCUUUCGGGGCAAAUUUUUUCAUGUUGCAGCGUUGUACAUGCUUAGAUCGGAUGAAAUACAAUACGUACAUGUAGUAUGAUUGAAAACUUAUUACAUGUGUAGGAUAGGUCAUUUUACUCUAUGUUAAACAUAUAUUAUCUAAGUAGUAUAUACAAGUGUUUGUUUGUCUUGUUGUUUUAUGUAUCCAUUUGCAUCAGUUGUUAAAUUCAGCCUCUUCUCAGGUGUGCGCCUUUGAUGUCAUACAUGUAGUUCAAAGUCACAAGUACUCGGUCGUCCUUAUUAAAGGACAAUGAUAAUUAAUAAAUGACCAUAAUUCAGAUUAAUUGCCUGCUUGUGCUACUGGCUUUUCUUAUUGUUUAUAACAAAUCAUGAAAAUGUAUUUUAUAAUAAGAUUUACUGUUUUUUUAUACCGGUUUAUCUAAACGAUCUACAUUUUUUUUUCAUUUAUUAAUACCCUUGCGUAAGCAAAAUUCCAAUGUAUUUCUGUCAGGAAGCAUUUUUUAUUUAUACGAUGGGGAUCUUUCAUAACUUAUAUGCUCGAAUACAAAUUACUUUAAUACAUUAACUGACGAGUUUCAUCAAUCGUGUAUUUUGUUAUGCAUGUUGGAAAAAAAAGUUUAAGAUUUAACGUCAUCAAGAUCACGUUUUUUUCUCAUUUUAACGUAUAGAUAAAUUUGUCUCUAUUCUGAAUUCAUUAACUUAAUUGCAUUCGGUCAGUAUGUUCUAGGAAUAGCUUACAAACACAACCGAGUUUAUAUUUAUUCAUUCCUAGCCGAUAUACGCGCUACGCUAAUUAUCGAUACAACAUACUGAAUGCUGUUGGGCAGAUUUAGGAUUCUAUGAUUAGACUGGACACAUACAUUAUUCAUAGGUAAACAACAACAACAAUGACAAUAAAACGAAAUAUAACGCAUUGUGCAAUUUUAAUUCACACAUAUAAGUAUACCAAGCACAUGUUUGGUUUCUAAAACAAAAUUGCUUUUAGUUCAGAAGCCUUAAAUAGACUUUCCGGGUCGUUUCAAUUUCGAGAAAAAUUAUUUCAUCUACUGGAAGCAAUGUAUCAUCUACUCUAAACUUGUCGAACUUCCUUGCAUCUGACACAAGAUCCGCUAUGUCACUUCCUGUGUUUAAAGACUAAGUAUUAGUCAUAUGAUUCCAUUUCCAUUUUGUAAGACUUCAUACAAUGACAGCUAUUUUUCAAGUAUCCUCGCAGCUUUUAACUAAUUCGAUAUGUUAAUGAAUGUUUAAAGUCGUAUUGAUUUAUGAUAUUUAUGUAAUUGUUUUUCUUUCCCAUGUAUGAUUGUUUUUUUAUAGCUUGCUUUUAUAUUUGAUUAAAUAAAUAUUGUUAAAACUACACAGCCCGUCCUAUGAUGGAAGAUAAUCAGCGGAAGGGCAGGGUUCAAGUAAAUGAUUAUAUCAUCACGACAAUAUUAAUUAUUUUCAUUGGCAAUAUUUUACUUUCUCAUUCUUUAUACAACACAAAUGAG